AUGCAUCCCCAGACGAACAGCCGCUUCUUCUCCCUCCCCCUAAAGAUACGCAUCAUCAUCCAACGCGAAUAUCUCAAGCAACACCCCGAAAUCAAGGCCACUGGUCACCUCCUCCCACCUAUUGAAGGGAGAGUGAUCAAGUGGUACAAGGGCGUUUCGAUCGCGCAUCCCCUGAUGCUCACCUGCAUCAAAAUGUACAAGGAGAUGUGCCCCACGGCCUUUGAAGACUUGACCAUCCGAUUCCAGCCCUGGCUGAAAGAGCAGCUCCCCCUCAGGAUGGUUUUGCCGCCUCCUCGUCGGUGUCUGCGGAACUUGACGCUCAUCGUGGACGCCCAUUACGAAGAGAUGAGGGAAUAUCAAGGACUCGCUCUUCAUCUGCUGGGAAGUCCUUCCCUUGAGAAGUUCACGAUCAAGGGGGAUCAUGGCUCAGACUGGUUUAAUGGCUACACAUCCGAGCAUGGGGCAGUGGCGGCCGCACCUUUGGUUUUAGAUGAGGGGGGGUUUUGA